UGUUCAGGAACGACUAGUGAGGAGGAACUCGUACUAGUUCUGCGAGUCCGCACCAAGUUUGUGACCUGGAAUAAACGAGACACUUCUAAAUACCGCAGAGUCGAGAGGAGCCUUAAACCGUCUUGAGAAAGGGGAAGAGCAGAUUUAAAGACGUAUAUUCCCCAAAGACAGCGCCAUGAGUCGCAGCAUUGUGCGCCAGAGUAAGUUCCGGCAUGUUUUUGGGCAAGCAGUGAAAGCGGAUCAAAGUUUUGAUGAUAUCCGGGUUUCCAAAGUGACAUGGGACAGUUCCUUCUGUGCAGUUAACCCAAAGUUUCUGGCAGUUAUAGUGGAGUCCAGUGGAGGCGGGGCCUUUCUGGUUCUGCCUCUCUCACAGGUGGGUCGAGUGGACAAAAACUACCCUCUAGUGGUUGGACACUCAGGGCCUGUUCUGGACAUCGACUGGUGUCCUCACAAUGACAACAUACUGGCCAGCUGCUCUGAAGACACCACUGCCAUGGUAUGGCAGAUCCCUGACCACACUCCCUCUCGUCCCAUCAGUGAGCCCAUUGUGGUGCUGGAGGGUCACUCUAAACGUGUGGGCAUCAUCAAAUGGCACCCCUCUGCCCGCAACAUACUCCUCACUGCAGGCAGUGAUAAUCUGAUCAUCAUCUGGAAUGUGGGCACUGGAGAGCCCUUGAUGACAAUGGAUGACCAUCCUGAUCUCAUCUAUAACGUCAGCUGGAACUACAACGGUAGCCUGUUUUGCACCACCUGCAAGGACCGUCGCCUUCGAGUGUGCGAUCCCCGGAAAAACGAGGUGGUGGCGGAAAGACUGUCCCCACAUGAGGGCAUCCGGCCAAUGAGAGCCAUUUUUACCAAAGAGGGCAACAUUUUCACCACAGGUUUCACCCGGAUGAGCCAGAGAGAGCUUGGCCUGUGGGAUCCGACUAAUUUUGAAGAGCCCAUAGCAUUGUUGGAGUUGGACACAAGUAAUGGAGUUUUAUUGCCUUUUUAUGAUCCAGACACUAACAUCAUGUAUCUCAGUGGCAAGGGUGACAGCAGUAUUCGGUAUUUUGAGAUCACAGAGGAGCCUCCCUAUGUGCAUUACAUCAGCACAUUCAGUAGCAAGGAGCCACAGAGAGGAAUGGGCUUCAUGCCCAAGAGAGGAGUGGACGUCAGCAAGUGUGAGAUUGCCAGAUUAUAUAAACUCCAUGAAAGAAAGUGUGAGCCUAUUAUGAUGACAGUACCCAGAAAGUCGGACCUGUUCCAGGAUGAUCUGUAUCCAGACACAGCAGGCCCAGAGCCAGCUCUGGAACCUGAAGAAUGGAUGGACGGACAAGACGCAGACCCCAUAUUAGUGUCCAUGAGGGAUGGCUAUAUUCCGCCAAAGAGUAGAGAGCUAAAGGUGGCCAAGAAGAAUGUUCUAGACACCAGACCUGCAACACGUAGAAGCAUGUCUGUCGUAGAUGGAAGUAGUUUGCCCCCUCAGUUGUUGGAGAAGCUUGUUGAGGAGAUCCAAAAUCUGAAGGCCACAGUUCUCUCUCAGGAGAAACGAAUCUGUGACUUAGAGAAUGAGCUCUCUAAGUACACUAAUGGCACAGUCUGAAUAAAGCUAACUCAUCCUAUGCACACUGCCCAAUUCACUGCUAACCCCUCACAACUAAAGUAUGAGCACAGAUAGGCCAAGCCACCUCAACUCACACCAGCUAUUAUCGACACCGUAACUCCGGUUCAACUGGCUGUACCGCCAAUUGACUUCACAGGCUUUUUCUAAAUGUGAAUAAAUCAUACAGUAGUUCCAUUUUGGAGAAUUAGGAGAUUUAAUUUGGCAAAGGCACUUAUAAUGCUCGUCCUGAUGCUUUGUAGAAAAUUUUUUUAUAUUGUGUAGUAGUACACACUAUUAGCUGUAUUCCUUAAAUGCUUAAGGAAUAAUAUCAGGAAGAAUUUAUGUCAGCUAUUCAAAAGGUAGGCAAAACCACCUUCAUUUUAGGAUUUACAAAUCCUUUAAUGUACUUACUGCUUUUUAACCUUAAAUGCUGUCAAAUAAUGACAGAAGAAAUGUAGCUGCAGCUUUCUGUAGUGCUUAACAGUCUUUGGUAGUCUCUUUGGUAGUCUCUGUGUGAACAUACCUCAUUUUAAAGACCAGGACUUGGGAUCAGAUGGUAGCAUAUGUAGCCCUUAUUUGGUCAGCUCUGGACAAGCAACAUCUAUAGCAUGACUAUGAUAUGUCAGGACAGUAGUGAGCUCAGUAAUGCCGCCAAUACACUACACAAUUUUCAUCGGAUCAUCGGAUUGCUGUUCUUUUCACACUACACUAACUUUUUUGGGUAUCACGAAGUUGCUGUGGUUUACACAUAACAACGGAUCGGUGACUGUGGGUCACACAUCACACAAUUUCACUAGGAAGAAUCCACAACAA